GCCAAUCGGCGAGCAAAGCAAACGCAUGGAAUAGUUAGAUUUGUUUUAAUUUUAAUUUUACGCAAAACUGACUAAAGCCAAGCGCUAACCGCAAUGGAUCUCAACGACGCAGUGGUCACCUGUGCAGUGAACAUGCAGUGGACGAAUUCCGUGGGAAUUACGGGUAGAAAACUGGCCUACAAGACGGCGACUUUGCGUUUGGUGCGAAAUGAUUUGCGCGAAUUGUUUGUGGAGGUGACGCCGGAAAAACUAAAGCCACUCAAGUUUAAACUCAAAGAUCUCAUGGUGCACAAGAAAUUCAUGUCGGAGGGCAAGGCCACGUUCAAUUUCAAGGCGGAAAACUGCACCCUCUACUUGUCCAAUGCGCCACCGGGCACUCUGAUGUUCUUCCUGCGCACGAUUUUCAUUAAAAUGAAUGGAAAUGCGGAAGGAUGUCAGCCGGAUGAUGCCUCGCUGCAAAAGAAACUCCGGGAGCAUCUGAUGUCCGGUAAGCCCAGCAGCUUUGAAGACGUCUCUCCCGUGACAACGGCCGAAAUGAUUUUGGCGCGCAAAAAGGCGGGUUUGCUGUCCAAGGGUUCGGUGACCACUCCAUCGCCUCAGGCGGCCAAAAAACGACGUUUCGAGGAGCUCAAGGAGGAGCGGGGCGAGGGGCGGAGUGGCCUGCCAGCAGCCAAGAAACUCUAUCAAUCGGUCACAGACGAAUCCCUGCGACUGAGCGAGGAGCAAAUGGAGGUCCUGCGUGCCUGCACCUCCGGCAAAAAUGUAUUCUUCACUGGUUCCGCCGGCACGGGAAAGAGUUUCCUCCUUCGAAGGAUCAUCUCCGCCCUGCCACCGGAUGGCACAGUGGCUACGGCUUCUACGGGCGUGGCAGCUUGUCUUAUUGGUGGCACCACUUUGCAUGCCUUUGCGGGCAUAGGCGGUGGAGACGCCACCAUGCAGAGGUCUCUGGAACUGGCUUCACGACCCGUCAGCGCCCAAAACUGGCGCAAGUGCAAGCGACUGAUCAUCGAUGAGAUCUCCAUGGUGGACGGGCAGUUCUUUGAGAAAAUCGAAGCCGUGGCUCGUCACAUUCGUCGCAACGAUCGCCCCUUUGGCGGCAUCCAGCUUAUUUUGUGCGGCGAUUUCCUGCAACUUCCGCCGGUUAUUAAGUCUGAUUUCGGGGCAGCGCCCAGUGCCACGCCCCAGCAGCGAUUCUGCUUCCAGUCCAGCGCGUGGGAGACAUGCAUCCAGUGUGUUUACGAGCUGAAGCAAGUGCAUCGUCAGUCGGAUCCGGAGUUUGUGAAGAUUCUAAACCACCUUCGAAUUGGUCAUGUAAAUGAUUCAAUAACUAGUCGACUGGCGGCAACAUCAAAGCAGAAAAUCGAGGGCAAUGGCAUACUGGCCACACAAUUGUGCUCCCACACGAACGAUGCCAAUUCCAUAAACGAGUCGAAGUUGGAAAAUCUCGAGGGAGACAAGGUGUUGUUCAAGGCCGAUGAUUCGGAUGCCGGCAUGACCAAGACUUUGGACCAACAGAUUCAGGCUCCCUCACAACUUUACCUAAAAGUCAAUGCCCAAGUGAUGCUGCUCAAGAAUAUAAACAUAUCCAAUGGUCUGGUGAACGGAGCUCGCGGCGUGGUUGUUAGAAUGGACAAGGAUCUGCCGGUGGUGAGGUUCAAAAACAAUCAGGAGUAUAUUUGCAAGCACGAGAAGUGGAUCAUUAAAACGGCCACGGGCGCACUCAUCACACGUCGCCAGGUGCCAUUGAAGUUGGCCUGGGCAUUUUCCAUACACAAAAGCCAAGGCUUAACUCUCGACUGCGUGGAGAUGUCGCUGUCCAAAGUUUUUGAGGCUGGGCAGGCUUAUGUGGCCUUAUCGCGAGCCAAAUCCCUGCAAUCCAUUCGCAUCCUCGACUUCGAUGCCAAGCAAGUGUGGGCCAAUCCGCAGGUGCUGCAAUUCUACAAGGGAUUCCGACGCAAGCUAAUGGACACCACCAUGAUUCCCCUGGGUCCCAAAAACAAGGACAAGAAGCCAGGAGACGCUAAAACCGGAAACAGCGCUCUGGCCAAGCUGAAAAAGAGUCUCAUGAACAAGCCGCUCGUCUCCAUUAGCUAAGCACGUAAAUUAGGUUAGCUAUACCUAUAGUUGAAUUAUAGUAUAAACGAAAGCCCCAAGAGAACUUCACAACUAACUUAUAUUGGUAAACUAAUUUCAUUAGGAAAAGUGCAUUUUUUUUCUUUUUUUAAAGAAUUGUAAACCAUUUAUUUCAUUUUUUAAAGAAACAAAAAAUUAUAUUCUUGGUAACUGAUGCUUUUUUAAAUGAAAUGUUACGAUUUAAAAGUUAAUUAAAAGUGAAGUUCGUGUAGUGCUUCAAACCAAACUGAAUUAUGAAUUUUAGAGUGCUUACUAAUUUACCUACUUUAUAAACCUAACCGACUGUUUCUCUUUUGAGGAUUGUCUCAAAUAGUUUUUAAGUUAACUUUAACUUUGUCGAAAUGGUAAACUAUAAAAAAUCUUAGAUAAUUAAAAACUAAAUUAAUUUAUAAGGGUUUAUAUAACCAAAAUGUUCAUUUUUUAAAUGACUACUUUUAGCUGAAGAAUGACUUUGAAAUUAAUAAAAAUACUUAGACAUCUGAAUUAAAUGAAAAAUAAAAACCUAAAACAUUUAAAACCCA